AUGGACAACACAACCGCGAGCGGCGCCCUUAAUGGCACACUGGACGCGCACAACGCCACCAUCCCUGCCUCACCAGAGACGGUGUGGUCGUUGCUGCAGGACUUUUCAUUCCUGGCGCUCGAAGCACAGCUGGUCCUGGGUGCCUUGGGGAUCAUCUACGUUGGGGCCCAUGCCUCGCUGCACCGCCCACCAUCCGCUGCGGCUCCCGCCAGACAGAAGGGCACCAAGAAGAACGACGACCAUGGAGAUGAGCGGGACGACGAAAGGAUCACGCAAGGACUGGAGUUGAGCGACGCCAUCAUGUUUCCCGUUAUGGCAGGUAUCAUGCUGGUCGGCCUGUACUACCUCAUCCAGUACCUCCAAGACCCUGAGAUUCUCAACAAGGUUCUGAGAUGGUACAUCAGCACCAUGUCGAUUGUCAGCCUCUUCAGCUUGUACGCCCAUGGGAUGGGACUGGUCGUGGGUUUCAUCUUCCCCCGAUAUUGGCGAGGCAGAGAUGGCGUCUUGAGAAAGGCAAAUCAAGCAACCCGCCAAGUCAGUCUCUGUGAUGACGUGGGAAACGUCUCGCAGCCUGGAAAGGACGGAGACAGUCCUCUACCUGGGCUACUAUCCUGCUUGCCUCUGGGGAAGAGGGCUGGCAAGGCGGCAUGGGACGCCCGUGAGCUGGUCAUGCGACAGUGGCUUUUCAAGUUCUACGUCCACGGAAUGGGCGACGAGAAGGCCAAAAUCAAGCUGACGCAUAUGAUUGCCUUCUUUGCAUCGAUCGCCACAGCACUCAUCUACAGCUCGACCUCAUCGUCCUUCCUCUCCAACGUUCUUGGGUAUGGCUUGUGUUACGGAUCCUUCCUGGUCCUUUCGCCAACAGACCUGCUCAUUGGAUCUCUUGUUCUCUCUGGACUGUUUGUCUAUGAUAUUGUCAUGGUGUUCUACACGCCUUACAUGGUCACCGUAGCCACAACCCUCGACGUCCCGAUCAAGCUUACCUUCAAGGCUGCGUCGCGCCAGUCGAUACUCGGACUCGGCGACAUUGUUCUACCUGGUCUUGUGAUGGCCUGGGCGCUCCGUCUUGAUCUGUGGCUGCACUACCAGCGCAAGGUGAAAUACGAACCGACAGAACUGCAGAUCCGCGAGAAGGAUGCUUCCGGUAUGGUGGUCAUCAGAAAGGAGACAAAGCACAAAGAGAUCAAGGCUCCCUAUGUCACUGCCCAGGGUGCCUGGGGCGAAAGGUUCUGGACGGGCGUCUUUGGCCGGAAGCCAAUGCCCGCCGAGAUCAGUGCAUCAAAGUUCCCCAAGACCUACUUCUACGCCACUGUUGUCGGGUACGCCCUAGGCAUGGCUGCUACGCUGUCCAUGCUCCUCGUCUUCAAGCGCGGUCAGCCAGCCCUAUUAUACCUCGUCCCAGGUGUUCUGGGCUCACUCUAUGUUACCGCGUUUGCCCGAGGCGAGAUGAAGCUGAUCUGGGGCUACACUGAGGACGGCAGCAUCGAUACCAAGGAUGUAGUCGUGGAGGUUGAUGCGGAUGGCCGAGCUACCAAGCGAAUCGGGGAGAUGAAGGACGGCGUGGUGGAUACGACCAAGGACGACAAGAAGAAGAAGGACGAAAAGGAACAGGAGGCGAAGAAGAAGGACGAUGAAGCGAAGAAGAUCAAAGACGACAAGACGAAGGAGAGCCAUAAAGUCUUCAACAUUUCGCUAGAGACUAUGCCUGUUGCGCCGGUUUGA